GUCUGCUGAUCUGCUACUGCGGAUUGCUCAGAAUAACACGGCUGCUCGCUAAUUCCCGUCUAUCGGGGCUUUCGCCGAAACACCGAGAGAGUAGGGUCCAAAAAAAGCCAACAAGGCAGGCAAGAUCGCCGCGCCGCCGGAGUCCGCACCCCAGAAUGGCUUCAGGAGACCUUUACGAGGUGGAGCGGAUCGUGGACAAGAGGCGGAACAAGAAGGGUAAGUGGGAGUACCUGAUCAGGUGGAAAGGUUAUGGAAGUAAGGAGGACACAUGGGAGCCAGAGCACCACCUUCUGCACUGCGAGGAAUUCAUUGACCAGUUCAACAGCUUGAGACUGCAUUCACACAAACGGCCCAAGGUUCCAAAGAAUUGUCAAGAGCCCCUCAUCACCAGCCAGCCAUCUGCCACAGAGAACUCCAGAGCUCGGUCCGAGGCCCGAAAGAAGAAAAGGACGUUUGGCCCGGCUGUUGGAGUUAGAGUAGGAGCUGUUCUAGGGAUUGGAGGUGGAGGUUCAGGAUCCACUCAGAAGCCGAAGAAGGUGGGUGUUGGACCUGGGAAACCUGCUUUAGGGGACCGAAUUAGCAAAGCCAUGACGUACAAGGCUCCUCCGCCGGCAGGGCCUCACUUUGUUCCUCCAAUGAGGGUUCCUCAUAACGGACUCCAGCAUGGCGAGAUGGAUCCUCUCGUGUACAGGACGGCAGCAAGGUCACAUAGACUGCCCUUGGACAGAGUGGAUAGAGAACAAGGAGGCGUGGAUACCACUGGACAACAGUUCACCACUGAGCUAGGCUCCCCUCUGGCUAAUGGCAAGAUGCAUCUCCACAGCUCAGUGAAGCGGAAGUUGGCUGAAGAGAAAGGCCACGUGUUCGACAAGCGGCUCAGGUAUAACGUGCGGCAGAACGAGAGCAACUGUCGAUUCCGAGACAUCGUGGUCAGGAAGGAGGAAGGCUUCACGCACGUCCUGCUCUCCAGCCAAACCACAGACAACAACGCUCUGACACCAGAGAUCAUGAAGGAAGUGUGUCGAGCUCUUGGUAAUGCAGCUGCUGAUGACAGCAAAUUAUUACUGCUCAGCUCCGUUGGGACCGUUUUUUGCAGCGGCCUGGAGCCGUCGUACCUGAUAGGUCGUCUGUCCACUGACCGCAGGAAAGAGAGCAGCCGCAUCGCAGAUGCCGUACGGGAGUUUGUGUUGGCAUUCAUCCACUUCAAGAAACCCAUUGUGGCAGCAAUAAAUGGACCUGCUCUGGGUUUAGGGGCCUCCAUCCUGCCUCUGUGUGAUGUGGUGUGGGCCAGUGAGAGGGCCUGGUUUCAAACUCCAUGUGCAGCCCUCCACCUCACCCCCUCUGGAUGCUCCUCUUACACCUUUCCCCAGAUCCUGGGCGUAGCUCUGGCCAACGAGAUGCUGUUCUGUGGAAGAAAACUCACGGCACAAGAAGCAUGCAGUCGAGGUCUGGUGUCGCAGGUCUUCUGGCCAACGACAUUUAACCAAGAAGUGAUGCUGCGUGUGAAGGAAAUGGCCUCGUGCAAUGCCGUGGUUUUAGAAGAAUCCAAAUGUCUGGUGAGGAGUAUCCUCAUGUCAGUCCUGGAGGAAGUGAAUGAGAAAGAGUGUCAGAUGCUGAAGCAGCUGUGGUGUUCAACCAAAGGACUAGAGGCACUCUUCAGUUACCUGCAGAACAAGGCGUACGAGAAGUGAUCAACCCACACCCGGAAAACUGAUCCAUGUGGAGACGCGAUCUCAAACGUAAGAAAAGGUUACAAUAAGGGUCUUUGUUUCCAUCCAUCAGAAGAGGGGAUUCUCAGUUCGCUUACAUGUCUACCAACAACAACUUCAUGAUCUUCUUCUUUUGUAAAGCAACUUCUAUUUUAUAUUUAUUGGACCCAUAACUGCCCAGAUGUUUAAUGUUUUAGAAAUCAAAGAGCAAAGGGCCGAGCGUGCAUUGUUUCGAUAAACACUGAAGGUGGUUCUUCAGGGAGGUACAGAGUGUUUCUGUACGUACGUAUGCCAGACGUGUGUUUAUGAAAUUAUCAGGAUGUAUGAAAUCAAUGUAUGUCUGAGAGCACAUGCUAAAUAGGCGAUAAUAUAUAUUAAAAUAUAUUUAUUUAAAUCGUGUAAAAUGGUUGCUUUCUGAAUAUAAUGAUUUUCUUUAGUCUGCUCAUUGUUUUUAGAGUAUAAAGUGUAAAAUCAGAGUUUGCAUGAGGACACUGUUUGUUGCUCCUUAUAUGCACAUUCCGUCCUCUCUGUACAGACAGAAGAAAACUGGCCAUCAAAAGAAAACGUGCGCUUAUUUCUCAUCACGCUGUUCAUUGUUCGUACUGUAAAUGUCUUUAUGACACAUAACAGUUUGCCAGUAAAUGUGUUAUCAUUAUCAUAAUCCCCAUGCGGUUGCUUCUGUUACAUGAAGUCAUGACAUGAGUACAUAAGUAUCACCCUCAUAUUGUCAACAUCCAUCUGUCUUUAGUUGUUUUCACCUGCGACAAAAACGGCAAGAGUUUAAUUACAUUUUUAUUCCUACAAAUGAAAUCUCAUUGGGGGGGAUUUUUCCUUUCAAGGGGAGACCUGUUUGAAUUGAAAUGCGAAUCAGAAAGAUGAGAGGAAAUGGACAACGCUCGAAGCCUCAUGUGAAUCACAGCACUACAUGUACAAAUGUGCAUUUUGGGUGGAGUACAAAAUGAGUUGAGGUGUUUAACGAAUCAGUGGCACGUAUCACAUGGAAGGAUUAGAGAUUUCAUCCCAGUUAGUUUGAGCUACAUUUAGUAGCCGCACAUGCAGUGCUGCGGUGGUUCAAUAUGUAUAACACGGCUUCCAGUUAUCAAUGCAGAUGUUAUUGUGUGGAAUGUGUGAUCAUCAUGUUGAUAUUAGUGGACAGUUUUUGCUUACUUACUUUUUUUUGUUGUUGUUGUUGAGCACACAAAAGAGAUGAUAACUGCUUGGUCCUCAUAUUAAUCACACUGUGACUACACUAAUUGUCAGUGAUCUAUAUCGUGGAAAAUGCAACAGUCGUGUAGCUGUGGUCGACUUCGUCCUUAUCUGCAUGUGAGGAUUCAAGAUCAAAUCCAUUUUGUAUUGCGAUGUGUAUUACAUGUAGGGAUACAUUUUGUUUUGUAGGUCUGUGAAAAUCAUUUUGUAAAACUCAGAAGAUAUUUGGACAUGUUCUGCAGUGGUGCACAUGCAGUACAGAAUAAUAUAUAAUGUCGACUGCUUUGUGUUACUAAUUGCAUGUAAUAUACUGUACAUAUAAAUGUGUUGCCUGUCUGAAUACCUUUUAUAUUUCAGGGUAUGUUUUGUAUAAAUAUUGUAAGUAUUGUUAGAAAUGGUGUAGUUUAUUUUUCUAUUUAUUUUGAGACAGCUGUUUUGGAUGUGCAGUGCCAUUUGGUUUUAUUUGCUCCAUAUGCCCCCCUUUCUAAAUACUCCCAUCAAAACUCUGAUGAACAAAAUGUGUCAGAUAAU